AUGUCAGCGGCACAAUGUACCAGACUAUUCACCAGAAAUAUCCCUCAAGUGAGGCGACAACGCCAACUACAAAGUCCUCGUGUCACGCUCGUUGGCACUCCAACCCCAAGUCACAAUCCUACCAUUGACUCCGAAGUUCUACCAUAUCGACUCUACGAACUCUCACUAAAGAAGAUCCGAAAAGAGGCACACGCAGCCGAACCCGAUCUACGCCAUGUCAUUGCCGGUAUCACAAUGCAAAAAGUGGUUUCCAGUGUGGUGCACGAUGAUCUUCUACACAGAGUCGACAUGAUCGAAACCGCAAAAUUACCUAGAAGAUUACCGAUCCUACCGGGCGCCGAUGAGCCGUGGGAGCAUGAAGAAAUCACCGCAAAUAAAACAUCGAAUCCGAAUGCGUGGGAUAUGGAAUCUCUUGAUCAAGCGCUUUGUGAGAUGGAACGCGCUACCAUGACCGAAGAAACAAGGUGGUGUCGCAUCUGUAGGAAAGAGAAGCCGAACGAUGCGUUUCGGGCACCUGAAGGUGCAGGGAAGGACUUUUACAAAAUGUGUGAGCCUUGCCGCACAAAGUACCGAGAUAGAUCGCGAGUUAAAAGGGCGCGCGCAAACAGGGGACGAGCUUGGCCUUAUUAUCUUUCCGAGCCAGCACCCCAAACUAGCUUCGACCUCCCCAACUCAGAGACGAGAGUUACCUCUGAAACCACCAGUGCCGCACAAACUACCCCCAUGCCUGAACAGCCGAACUGUAUGCACGCAAAUUCCGGCCCACGCAGUCGAGUCACAAUUGCACCGCCCGUUGUCGAAAGUUCUGCGCAAAGCACAACAACUACCACUGUCAUCACCAUCACAACCACCACCGUCUCUAAGAACGUGAUGGAAACCCCAAAUAAAACAGCGGAAGAUGCGAAGACUGCACCAGAUGGCAUCCAACAGGCCAAAGAUGAAGACCUAGAGUCACUUUCAAGUGGACCCGAAUCCGAGCAGCGAAGCGAAAUCGGCGCAGGUAUGAAUCAGCACCCUGAAUUCUUUGGCUGUCUGCAUUGUGAGAAAUUGCGCCCAUGGCCCAUGGCAGGACUUCACAUCUGUUUGUGGUGCAUUCGGGACUGGAAGUGGUGUGCGAAGGGGGCUCAUAAUCAAGCCAAGGCGAGCUUCAUCUGGGGUGGUGAGGAGCAUAAUGAAUGCUAUAUGUGUCAAUUUGCAGGCAUGUAA